GUAUAUAUCAAAAAUGAUCAUGAAAAUAUUUUCAAAAUGUAAUUAAAAAAUUGAUCAUGGUGUGAUCAUAUCGAAAACGAUCCAUCAAAACAAUUAAUUAUUUUCUUUUCCUCCUUCAUCAAUCCGGCUGUUUGACGGGCGAGGAGAAUAAGCAUAAAAUCAGGAUCAGAGUCUGAUCCUUUGAUUAAUUUAUUAGGCACAGAAAUUAAUUAACAUGCAUUGAUUAUAUUGUGCAAGUUGUAUCUUCGAUCGAUUUGGCUGAAAUUUUUUUUUUCCCUAUUUAAAGGUGUUUGUCCAAAGAAAAUUUGGUCGAGGCAAACGGUAAACUAUGGCUACUUUUAGAGAGUUGAGUUUACUAGUUAGCCUCUUAAUUUUGUCAAAUUUGUUCCUGAGUGCCAAAUUUGUUUCAUCAACAACAAACCAUAAACCAAGUAACGUAUCCACAGAGGUUAAAAGGAGUAACUUCCCACCAAAAUUCAUUUUUGGAGCAGCUUCUUCUGCUUAUCAGGUAAUUACUAUGCAUUCAAAUGAGUGAUUAACAAGUUUUCUUUUUCUUCUUUUUUUUUCCUUUUUAUUUACUCUUUUGGAAUUUAACUUUUUAAGUUGGUGAAAAUAUGAAUUGACAAUGGUGGAAUUUCAUGUGGGCGACGACCGGCCGGCCGGCAGUAUGAAGGAGCGGCGUUUGAAGAUGGAAAAGGACCAAGCAUCUGGGAUACUUUCACUCAUAAAUAUCCAGAAAAAAUAUUAGAUCGCAGCAAUGGGGACGUAGCUGAUGAUUUCUAUCAUCGUUAUAAGGAAGAUGUCAAACUAAUGAAAUUCAUGAAUUUGAAUGGAUUCAGAUUUUCCAUCUCCUGGGCAAGAGUCUUACCUGGUGGGAAGCUUAGUAAAGGAGUGAAUAAAGCAGGGAUAGCCUUCUACAAUAAUCUCAUCAAUGACCUUCUCUCAAAAGGCAUACAACCAUUUGUAACUCUCUUUCAUUGGGAUGUACCUCAAGCACUAGAGGAUGAAUAUGGUGGCUUCUUAAGCCCUCAAAUUAUAAAUGACUUCCGUGAUUUCGCUGAACUUUGCUUCAAAGAAUUUGGAGAUAGAGUGAAAUAUUGGAGCACAUUUAACGAGCCAUGGUCAUUUUCUACCGGUGGUUAUGACUCAACCAGCAUCAUCGGAACACUUGCACCGGGAAGGUGCUCGGCGUGGUUAAAUAAAGGAUGUCCGGCGGGCAACUCCGCCGUCGAGCCAUACUUGGUCGCACAUCAUAUUCUACUUAGUCAUGCAACGGUAGCAAAAUUGUACCGGCAAAAAUACAAGGCUUCUCAAAGAGGACAAAUAGGAAUAGUGCUUGUAACCAAUUGGUUCAUACCUUUCUCCAACAAGACCGCCGAUGUUGAGGCCGUCGAUCGGGCUCUCGACUUCUUCCUUGGAUGGUUUUUGAAUCCUCUAACUUAUGGUGAUUAUCCAAGAGUUAUGCAAAGGAUUAUUGGAAAACGGCUGCCGAAAUUCAGUCCUCAAGAAAGAAUCAGUUUGAGAGGAUCCUUAGAUUUUGUGGGAUUGAAUUACUACACUUCCAAUUACGUUUCAAAUAUUGUCCAAUCUCAUAUUGGUUCCAAUAUUAGCUAUUCUACCGAUGUUCGCGUCAAUCUCACAAAUGAACGAAAUGGAAGAUUACUCGGUACCCCGACAGGAGUAAGCAUAUUUUACGAUUAUCCAGAAGGGCUGAAGGAUCUCCUUGUCUACACCAAGAACAGAUACAAAAAUCCCGUUGUCUAUAUUACCGAAAAUGGAAUUGGUGAUACAGGAAUUAAAGAUGUUAAGGAUGGGGUGAAUGAUCCUCAAAGGAUUCGCUUCUACCGCGGACAUUUUAGGGCAUUAUACGAAGCAAUUAAGGCUGGUGUUAAUGUGAAAGGCUUCUUUGCAUGGACAUUCAUUGAUACAUAUGAAUGGGGUUCAGGUUACACAAUGAGGUUUGGCCUCAACUAUGUUGACUUCAAGAAUGGAUUGAAAAGGAUCCCUAAACGAUCAGCUCUUUGGCUCAAAAGAUUUCUCCAGUAGUAACUAAUACGUAUCAAAGUUGUGAUUUGGAGAAUUUUUUUUGGAGUUCUGAAUUGUUUGCUCUAUAAUAUUAAUUCUUGUACUCUCUCUGUCCCAAAAUUAUUAUCUAUUUAAGGUUUUAAUAUUUCAAUACAAUUUGAAUCGAAAAUGAAAACUCAAACUAGACAAUAAUUUCGGGACGGAGGGAAUAAUUAAUGAGGAUGGUUCUUCUAAGGAAAAAAAAAAAAAGGAAGAAUAGUUCUUCAUUGUCUUUCCUUGUAAGCAUUUCUCUUUUCUUUUUUACUGUGGAGCACACUCUAUAUGUAUCAGGAUUCAAUGACAAUCAUUAAUAUGUGGGUGGAUUUUAAUUGCUUUUGUUUUCCGUAUCAUAAUUAAAUAAAUCAUUUCGCU